AUGGUUGCCCCGCUGAACCGUGGCAUCAAUUAUCAACUUUUACCGAGUGCACGCAGAAACGGACAAGUUGGAGUUGCAGGGGCAGUGGUGCAUAUCGAUCAUGAUGCUAACGUCCACUAUGUACGGAACCUUCCGCCCGAUUUCCAUGUGCAGAGGAGCGUGUUGUUGACGCAUUCGGAGGUCAAGACGAAAUUGGUAGAGAAGGUGAUUCUGACUGCCUGGGCGAAGACGGAGGCCGCUAGGAAGAGGGCGUCGGAGAGCGUGGGGGCGUACGCCCUCGUCACUGGCGGUGACAACCGUGGUGGCGGGGGCGGGAACAUGGGGGAUAGGGGGAAGGCGAUAGGACAAAUGAGGACGGCAGCGCGGUAA